GAUGCGCAAGCCAUCAAUUUGUCCGAGUCCAUGGCUACACCCCUUAACGGUUACAUGGUCGGUCCCUGGCCUCGGGUCGUUCAGGGACCGGUCCUAUCGCUUUUAAUACCCCUGAGCAACAACAGCUUCGCGUCGCGCUGAUUUACGCACAGCCAUGGCAAGCAACUGCACGGGCGACCUGCUGUACUCACGGGAGGCACUUGCAGAGGUGGGUACGAUCGAGCUGGUGCUGUACGGCACAGCGGGAGGCUUCACGCUCAUCGUACUCCUCCUGUUCCUGGAGGAGACCGUCUUCCUCUGGCGACGGUACAGCAGCGCCCCCAGGCGGACCAAAAUCCUGCUCAUCCUCUCCAUCUAUCCUGUGGUAGCUGUGACGUGUAUGACGACGUUGUUGGCUCCCAGGACCACCCUUAUCAACGAGUUUGCCCUCAACAUCGCUCUGGCAGUGGGUGUAUACCAGCUGCCCUUGCUGGUCACAGACUACAUGGGCGGCGCUGCAAGGAUGGUGAAGACGCUGUCAGCCAUCCCGGUGGCACUCAACAUGCCGCCUUGCUGCUGCUGCGUCUGUAUCCCCAGGAAAACUCUCACACGACGGCUCCUGAGGAAAAUGAAGCUGCUCGUCCUCCAGGGCGUUUUUGUCCGGCCGCUCUUCACGUACAUCUCCGCUGUCAUGUACACUGACGACAGGCACACCCCAGGCACGGCGUCCUCCCCCAUCUUCGUCCUGUGCGCGGUGGCCCUGGUCCUGUCCUUCCUGUGCGCCCUGAGCGGGCUGGUGUUCUUCGUACGGGCAGCGGAUCCGUACAUGCCACAGGCUAUGCUGAAGGGUAAGUUAGUGUGUGUGCUCCUGCCCCUGGUGCUGGUGACGGUUCAGAAGAACAUCAUCGUGGCUCUGUCCUCCGCCGGGAUAGCCGUCUGUACACCACCCUUCACUUCCGUUUCACGAGGAAACGUACUGUACGCCUACGUCCUGAUAGUGGAGAUGUUCCUGUUGAGUUUCCUGGCCCGUGCCUUGUACCGCCGCCCCGACCUGCCCUUCCCUCCGCCCGCCGUGACGGAAGACAAGGCGGUGCAGUGCACCCCUCCCGAGCCGCGCAGGUUACGGGCCGCCAAGUCCCUCCCGGUGGUGACGGAGGAGAUCGAGCCUCUGGCGGAGAACCUGAUCUUUUAUAUGAUGAUGUAGAGUUGACAGUUGUAGGGCUGAAUUCCUGUGUAAGUGGCUAGGCAAAGUGACCAGAUUACCGGAAAAGCUGCACUCAUCAGCUGGGACCUUAAGACUUUUAUCAAAUUCCUUGGAAAAAUAUUAGAAAUGGCCCAAAGUUAUCUGUCGACUUGGCCGGCCGUAGAUGGGUUAUGUCACGUUCUCGAUACGAUUUACAGCGUUUUUGUUUUGUCUUUCGUAAAAGAACAAAAACUGAUGCGCCCGCGGAUCAAGUUAUCCGUACGAUCAAGUCAGUGUGGCCUGACAUGAAGUAUAACUUUCGACAGAACUGAAGCGAAGCGAUUUUACUAACUCACGUAUUGUAAACGUUAACAGUUUAUGAAGACAAGAAUGAACCAAUAUAGAUGUACUUGUGUAAA